CGUCAACCCAACAUGUCGAUGAUUUACUGGGAAAAAUAAAUAGUGCAACUUUUACAAUGCAGUACUAUUGGUGUGACGAGUAUUACUGCCUGCUUGGUCAUUGUCGUCGUUCGUGUCGCGAAUGGUACUACCGAUGCUAGACAUGAGCUUGCCGUGCGCCAUGCAGUAGCCACUUCGUUGGCUAUUCUUUGCACACCCAGUAUACUUGCAAGGCCGCCCGCCUCCAUGGCACUUGCACAGACCGCGCGCUUGGGCACUUCGAGUGCAGUCUUUGACUGAGCAUCUUCGUCCUCCGCCGUGGGCAAUACAAUGUCCCCCGCCUUGGUCGCUAAUCUUGCACCCAGCCGUCUGACAUCGCCGCCCGCCGCCGUGGCCUUUGCACAGCCCUCUGGACCGGAUGCCCUUGUUGCAAUCCGGCACUCGACACAGCCGAGCGGCACCGCCGCUACCUUUGCUAUCGUUGGACGGUGAAUGCGCCAUGGACAUUGCGCCGUCGGAGGUAGCGUAGUGCGGUAGCGUGGACGAUAAAUGAUGGCGAAACGAAGACGUGCUCGCGCGAUGAUGAUGAUGAAGAUAUGGUGGUGCUUCCAGGUGUUGUGGCAGCGACGCCGACGGCAGUUGAUGGUGGUACGUUGGCAGGGGGUGUUGAUUCUGCUGGUGGUGGAGGUGCAAGUACGAGAGGGACGAAUUGGUCACCGACAGGUCUUCGCCAUAACGACUACUUCCUUGGGUGACGCGGCCGCCAUUGUUAGUCUGGUCAAGGUACGUGGUUGCAGUCGCCAUCGACAUGAUGGGUUCGAUGAACGGCAUACAUUCGUUCAAAGCUUCUUCAAGAAGCGCAGGGUCCAAGUGCUGCUUACCAGUAACGUUAGGUCUCGAAGGAUGCUGGUGGUCCGAGUACGGUUGCUGGUACGACGAAUGAGGAUAUGGGUCGUAAUGGUGAUGGUGGUGGUGAUAUGUCGCCGUGGCUGGAGGUUGUGACUGCUGAAAGGACGUCGCUUGGCUUGGUGCUGCCUGGCUGCCGCCGUAAAAGUACGACGGCUCAUCCAUGGGUUGGUGGUUCGAGUACUGCUGCUGGUGAUGAUGGCGGUCGGAAUGAAACGUUUGUAAGGGAGGCAGUGCCCCCUCGUCCUUGACCUCAUUGUGCGCACCCUUGUUGGACGUGGUGGGGUAACGGCACGAGUACGGAUGGGGCUGCAUUACCGUCCCGGUGGCAGGUGAAUAAUAACUCUGGUGCUGGACCUGCAUCUG